UUGGACAAAGAGCCUUUAAAGGAAGUGGAUGAGGACAUGGUAUCAGAGGUGGAUCUCAACAACACUGUCACAGAAGAGGAGCGAGAAGAAAUGGAGAAUGAACUGACUAAGUUAGAAGAAGAAAUCACAACUUUAAAACAAGUCCUGGCCUCCAAAGAAAAGCGUCACUUGGAGCUGAAACAGAAACUUGGGAUCACACCCCUGUGUGAACUCCGACAGAACUUCUCCAAGAGCUGGUACGACAUGCAGACCAGCACUGCAUACAAAAAGACGUCGGAGACCCUGUCUACGGCAGGACAGCGGACCUCAGCGGCCUUCAGUAACCUGGGCAAUGCCAUCAGCAGGAAAUUCGGGGAUAUAAGCUAUUCUAUACGGCAUUCAAUGAGCUUGCCUACAAUGAGGAACUCGCCUAGUUUCAAGUCCUUUGAGGAGAAAGUCGAAAGCACAGUUUCAAACAUUAAGUCUAAAGUUGGAGGAACUGGAGGUGCGGGCAGUUUUGAAGAGGUCCUGUCUUCAGCGGCCCAAGCCAGCUCCCAGGACACCCCUACUAAUAACAUGACCGAGAACAAUGAAUGCUAAGGGUUUAAAUGGUCUACCAGUGAAACAUUGAUGACCCUUAAUGGUUUGGAGAGCACUGUGAAAAACUUGUUGGUGCAUUGUCUGUGCAAAAUAUUUCUUAACUUUUGCAUUUAAGAAAAACAACCAACUGGAGAAUGUUUAUUCUUUAAGUUCUUUUCAAAAUAUGUAUAUUUUUCGAGGAGACUGUCUUUGGAUUUAGUCCUGCAUUACUUUAUUAUUUAAACUAACUCAACAUUGUUUAACUGUAACAAAGCUUGAUACAUUUCCAAAAAUAAUGGCUGCGUAUACAAUCCUAAGAGAAGUACUUAAAAGAAUGUUUUACAAAAUGGAUGUUAGACUUUGUUUUCCUGAAUGUUAAUGCUUUUAUUCUUGCUGCAUGCCUAUAACUUCAGCACAUAUUUGCUGAUAACAGAUGCAAACAACUAAUUUAAAAAAGUGGAUUUACAUUUCACUGCAAUUUAUUAGCUUUUCUGAUAUGCCUGAUUUUAAAUGUAAUGUAUUGGAAACCAUAAUUGUCACUGGCC